AUGGAAGAAUUAACACCAAAUGAUUGGAUCAAAAAGAUUGAUAGGUUUUAUGUGUUUGACGACGAGUUAGGGGUUAAUAUGCUAUUUGUUACCAAAGAUGAUCGGGUCUAUGGAUUGGGUGCUAAUAUCAGAGGAUCAGUGGGUUUGGGACACAACCAGUGGGUGAGUGAACCACAAGAGAUCAUAGAGUUGUCAAAUAAAAAGUGUAUUAAAUUUAUAAAUGGAUUGGAAUUCAUAGUUUGUUUGACACGUGAUAAUUGUGUGUAUAGUUGGGGUUUAGAUAGAAAUGGACAGUUAGGUCAGGGAUGUGAUAGCAAUGAACAUAAGAAACCAAUGAUUAUACAAAUAAAUGACAACAAUUUGAUACGUGAUAUGAGUUGUGGUUUAUAUCACACAUUAGUUUUAACGCAUAAUAAUGAUGUUUAUGGUUGGGGUUGUAAUGAUUUCGGACAAAUCGGUAGCCGAGACACCACUUGUGAAUCAAUUAGUAAACCGGAAAAAAUAAAAUUUAAUGAAAAUUAUUGUAUAAAAUCUGUUCACUGUUUUGAAAACUCAUCGUUUGCAUUGACAAGUGAUGGACAGGUGUUUAGUUGGGGACGAAAUCAGUGCAAUCAUUUGGGUAUUAAUUGCAAUAAUCUAAUGAUAUGUAGACCACAAUUGAUAUGUAAUCUAUUGGACAUUACAUCCAUACAAUCGGGUGUAGGAAAAACAUAUUUCAGUAGUGAUUAUAAAAAUAAAGUUCAAUUAAAUCUAAUAAAUGGUAUGAAACAUCAUUUAUGUGUUCAAUGGAUGAUAUGGUCUAUCAAUUGUUAA